UAUGCGCCCGGACAGGAAGUGGAGAGGGGCAGCCGAAACCCAGAUUAUUCAUUGACUGGAAUGCAUUUCUCAGAUUAGCUAGGCAAGCAGCAGGUGACAGGGCUCCAAGUUGGGGGACCUGAGGUUGGGGAUCUGCCACCUUGGUGACGAGCUAUAGCUGGUGGCUGGAGAGGGGCACCCGGGUACGGGACCGGGGAGGGCACUGGACGUGGCUGGGAAGGCCUCCCAGCUCCUGCGGCCCCACCCCCAGAGGCGGGGCCCGGCUGAGCCCCACCAGCCCCAGCUCCGGCCCUCCAGAACCCAGGCGGGGGCAGAGCCUGGGCAGCAGAGAGCCCGGGGCCCCGCUGUACCCGAAGAGUGGAGGCACCAUGCCCUCACCGGCCAGGACACCAGACAGCGCCAGAAGCCCCGCAGGCCUGCCUGCAGCCGUUCCCUGACACCGAGGGAAAGCCCAGCUGGGCCAGCAACACCUGCCCCCAACAGCCAUGCACGCCGGCUGCUGCUCCAGGCCUCCCCUGUUCCCAGGCCCAAGAUGACACCCAACGGCACCAGGGAGGCACCCAACCCCGUUCCCGCGGGGGCCUUGGGGCUCUCCCUGGCCCUGGCCAGCCUCAUCGUCGCCGCCAACCUGCUCCUGGCCUUGGGCAUUGCCAGGGACCGGCAUCUGCGCCGCCCGCCCGCUGGCUGCUUCUUCCUGAGCCUGCUGCUGGCCGGGCUGCUCACCGGGCUGGCGCUGCCCGCGCUGCCCGGCCUCUGGAACCAGAGCCGCCGGGGCUACUGGUCCUGCCUCCUCCUCUACUUGGCGCCCAAUUUCUCCUUCCUCUCACUGCUCGCCAACCUCCUGCUGGUGCACGGCGAGCGCUACAUGGCGGUGCUGCGGCCACUCCGGCCCCGCGGGAGCACGCGGCUGGCCCUGCUCCUUACCUGGGCGGGCCCCCUACUCUUCGCCAGCCUGCCUGCCCUGGGGUGGAACCACUGGGCCCCCGGCGCCAACUGCAGCUCCCAGGCUGUCUUCCCCGCCCCCUACCUCUACGUGGAAGUCUACGGGCUCCUGCUGCCCGCUGUGGGGGCCGCCGCCCUCCUCUCGGUCCGCGUGCUGGCCACCGCCCACCGCCAGCUGCGGGACAUCCGGCGGCUGGAGCGGGCCGUGUGCCGCGGUGCGCCCUCGGCCCUGGCCCGGGCCCUUACCUGGAGGCAGGCGAGGGCGCAGGCCGGGGCCACGCUGCUCUUCGGGCUGUGCUGGGGGCCCUACGUGGCCACGCUGCUCCUCUCGGUCCUGGCCUUCGAGCAGCGCCCACCGCUGGGGCCGGGAACCUUGUUGUCCCUCAUCUCACUGGGCAGCGCCAGCGCGGCAGCCGUGCCCGUGGCCAUGGGGCUGGGUGAUCAGCGCUACACGGCGCCCUGGAGGGCAGCCGCGCAGAGGUGCCUGCGGCUGCUGCGGAAAAGAGCCUCCCAGGCCGGGCCGGGCCCCCGCACGGCCUACCACGCCAGCAGCCAAAGCAGCGUGGACCUCGACUUGAACUAGGGGAAGGGCCCCUGCUGGCUCCUACUUGAAGCAUCUGUCCAUCUCGGCCACCAAGCCCGCCUCCUCUUGUCCCCAAGCCUCCGGAUUAGAGGCCCUGCCCUUAUCUGACCCCACCCUGUCCAAAUAAACUCCCCCCGCCCCUUCACGGGUAUCUCAUUCCGCAUCUCAAAAAGAGGCAGGAGGGACAGCCGUUGCAAGAAACUGAAGCCACACGUGCAUCCAGAGAUCCCAGGGCCUCAGAAUCCACUGUCGGAGAGGACGAGCCGCCGCCCCAGAUGGUGAGCUGAGGGAUCUGGAAAUCUAGCAGAGUUUGCAGGGAGCCUCACCCCAACAUGCCCCUCACUGGUUCCUCAUGUCCGCACACCACAAAAUCCACACACACACGG